AGCCGUGGAUUUCAGUCUGUACGCCCAGACGACUAAGAAGCUGCCGCCCGCCAGCGGGGAGGGGACUCGGCCGGGAGGUGGCCCCCGCAGCCCGGCGCCGCCGCGCGUCCCAUCCUCGAGACCACCGUCGCUCACGGAACAUCUGGCACGUGCCGUUGGUGCUGGGGUGCUGCGUGAGCGGGCCCUGCCUUCGGGAAGCUUCCAUAGGGGAGGAGGCGAUCGAUCAGACCACAGCAAACGAGCAAGUCGACCACAGUGGCCCAUGGAGGGGGAAUAGGAGCUGUGUUGCGUAGAAACAAGGAAAGCUUCCCGCCCGGUGUGCACGGAGAGCUAGAAAGUGUGACCAGAGUGUUCGGGGCAGGGACAAAACCCAGCUUCUGGUGUCUUCUGCAAGGGGAAGAAGCCUUGCGGUGGGAGCCAGGGGAAUCCCCGCGAAGAGGCGGCCCCGCACCUAUCCGGGGGCUGGGACGAAGGGUUUGGCUUCUCUAAUCGCAGCGGGAAGCUUUAAGCCAGAGCCACACAGAGCAUCCCUGUAGCUGCCGCAGGAGAGUGCCCGGGGGUCCCAGGAGGGCGAAAGCACCUUUGGGGCCGGGACAUUUCUUCUGCUCCCAUCACCCCCGCCCCAGCAGGGCGCCCCUGUGCAGGGAACAGCCAGCAAUCAGGGGACAGCGCCCCAGGCCCCGCUAGCGCCAGCACUGGCAGGAGGGACGCAUGGAGGCCGGACGGAACUGGGGAGGGGGCGCUGGCCAGGGCGGUCUCAGGCCCUCCCCACUAAAGCCAGCUCGGCCCAGGGCCUCCCUGCGCAGCCUAGCGCGCCUUGCCGGAGAGGCUCCUAGGACCGGAGGGGUAGCCGCUCUGAACCGGAAUGAUCUGGUUUGGAGCGGGUUGGCUCCCUCCCUGCUCCCCCGCCCACUGCUCUCCCUCUCCUUCAGCGACGGGCUGGUUUUUGCCGCAGUCCCUGACCAAGAAAACCCUUCCUGGGGGCAGCUCAGCCUGGGGACAACCACAGAAGUGGGACCUGGGCCCAAAGACAAGUGUCGCCUGAAACAGGCCACUGUUGUCCGGCUGCAGUAUGCUGGGAGGACCAGCUCCCGCUCCACCCUGCUCCCCCUGGGAGGAAGGCUGACCCCUGCGUGGCAGUGUGACUGCUGGAAAGGCCUCCUUGCUGCAGCUGUGAGUGUGAUGGGACAGCAGAGUCACUCCUGCAUGGGAUUCUAGGGCUGGGGGUCCCAGAGGGGUGGCCUCCGCCCCUCCUGGGGGCCAAGGACUGUCACCGUGUCACUACGGCACUCUCCAGCUGCUGACCAAAGCCCUUGCUUACCACAGCCCUGCCAUACUCCGGAUCUUUCCUCUGGAGCAACCUGAAGAGACUGCAGUGAGGCGUGGAAUUGGGAAGCUCUUCUGGUUUCAUUAAAAACUCGUUCCACCACA